UUAAGCCUACAGCGAUAGAGGUUUUGAAUUCUCCCACUUUGAGAAUGUCUGGCAUUCACGGAAUCCCGCUUUUCCUCCUAGCAGAUUCCUACAAACCAUCGCAUUCUUUUCUGUUUCCUGAAGCAAAAAAGGCUGUUGCUUACGCAGAAUUUCGCAGCGGCUUUAAUGGUGAUAAAGAAGAUACGCGUAUCGUCUUUUAUGGUAUUCGUUACAUAAUUGAAAAUUAUAUCGCAUUGAAAUGGACGCACAAAGACGUUGAACUUGCUGAAAAAUUCUUUGCGACGCAUAAUGCCGGGUAUACUAAUUUUCCAUUCCCAAAGGAUUUGAUGCUAAAGUUUAUUAAAGAAAAUGACGGAUAUUUUCCGGUCAAGAUUGAAGCACUGCUUGAAGGAACUGUAGUACAUGCGCAUACUCCAGUAUUUCAGAUCACAGCCGAAGGAGAAUAUUCGCCAUUACUUACUUAUCUUGAAACUUUACUAUUAUUGGUUUGGUAUCCGUCCACCGUAGCGACCUUUUCACGACGUGCACGUGAUAUAAUUGAAAAAGCAUAUCAAGACACAGUGGAUGACGAUGGUUAUUGGAGUUUGGAAGGUCGUCUUCAUGAUUUCGGAUUUCGUGGAUGUACUUGCGUCGAGCAAUCAAUUAUUGGAGGAGCAGCACAUCUUCUAAACUUUAUAGGAACUGAUACAAUGAGCGCAGCUUAUUAUGCUCAAUUUAAUUUAAAUAACGGAAAGCCUGUUGCAACUUCUAUUCCUGCCACUGAACAUUCCAUUAUGAUGUCAUAUAGAACGGAACGGGAAGCUAUAUUGAAAAUGAUCGAUUUAUUUGGGAUGGGAGUGUUUGCAUGUGUAAUGGAUUCAUAUGACUACGUAAAUGCAUUAGAAAAAAUAUUACCUUCAGUUGCAUCGCAAAAAGUCGGAAAAGGUGGUUUUAUGGUAUUACGACCGGACAGUGGUGACCAAGUUGAAGCUAUUUUAAUGGCUUUGAGGGCAGGAGAGAAAGUUUUUGGAUGUGAUACGAAUAAAAAAGGAUACAAAUUGUUACGUGCGUGUGGUGUUAUUCAAGGUGAUAGUGUCACUCCGAUAACUCUGGCUGCUAUCUUGGAUGGGGCUAAGAAGGCAGGAUAUUCGGCACAAAAUAUUGCUUUUGGAAUGGGUGGUGCACUUUUGCAGAAAGUUAAUAGGGAUACUAUGAGUUUUGCAUGCAAACUAUCGCAUAUUACAUAUUCGGAUGGCACUAAACGAGAUGUAAUGAAAACACCAAAAUCUGAUGGUGGCAAAAUAAGUUUACCUGGUGAAUUCGUGGUGCAACGUAAUGCUGAAGGGGUUCCAAUUGUUCGUCCUAAAGAAUCAGCAGAUCCCAAUACCGAGAAUUUACUCCGUGUUGUGUAUGACCACGGAAAAGUAGGUGACUGGGAUGACUUUGACACUGUACGGAAACGUGUUGCCAAAGAAUGGCCUGCUUUACCGCCCAAGUAUGAUAAUAUUAGUCCUGAAUUACGCGUAAAAAUCGAAGAGUUUGUUAAGAAUCGAAAGAAAAGUUGA